UUCCAUACAGCUUGGGCGUUUCAGUGACGUCACAGACAGGGCGGAGCCAGCAUUCCUGGCGUCUACUUUUGUCUCUACGUGGAGGAGGCAGGGCAGAAAACUGGACGCUGUCUGGAAAUUCGGGCGCACCGACAUCACCUUUUCCUGACUGACCACGUCUGGUCAAUCACAGAAAAAUGUCUGGAAAAAUAACAAAAGAAGAGGAGGAGGAGAUGAGGGAGAUUUUUGAGAAAGUUGAUCUGGACAGCAACGGGUUUAUUAACGAUUACGAACUUGGCGAGCUCCUUAAAGAUGCCGGACACCCCCUGCCUGGCUACAUGGUCCGGGAGACGCUCCAGAAACUGGAUCGCAACAAGGACAACUUGAUCAGCUUUGAAGAAUUCUUGGCGCAAAAUGAUCAACCUGUCAGUUCCAGACACUAUUGACGAGAGAACAAUCAACAAGAAGAAGCUGACACCGUUUACAACACAGGAGAACCUGAACUUGGCUCUUAACUCUGCGUCUGCCAUCGGCUGCCACGUGGUGAACAUCGGUGCACUAGACCUGAAAGAAGGGAAGCCCCAUCUGGUGCUGGGCCUGCUGUGGCAGAUCAUCAAGAUCGGCCUGUUUGCCGACAUCGAGCUCAGCAGAAACGAAGCGUUGGCGGCCUUGCUGAAGGAUGGAGAAACCUUAGAGGACCUGAUGAAGCUGUCGCCAGAGGAGCUGCUGCUGCGCUGGGCCAACUACCACCUGGAAAACGCCGGCUGGCAGAAGAUCAAUAACUUCAGCUCGGACAUUAAAGACUCCAGGGCCUAUUUCCACCUCCUGAAUCAAAUCGCUCCAAAAGGAGACGAAGACAAUCAUCCACGCAUCGACAUCAACAUGUCAGGCUUCAGCGAGAAAGACGACAUAAAGAGGGCCGAAGCUAUGCUGCAGCAGGCCGACCGACUCGGCUGUCGACAGUUUGUCACGCCGACGGACGUCGUCAGUGGAAACCCCAAACUCAACCUCGCCUUUGUCGCCAACCUGUUCAACAAAUAUCCAGCACUGAAGAAACCUGAGAACCAAGACAUCGACUGGGGAUUGUUGGAGGGUGAGACACGAGAAGAAAGAACAUUUAGAAACUGGAUGAACUCGCUGGGAGUAAACCCUACUGUAAAUCAUCUUUAUGUAGACCUACAAGACGCCAUGGUCAUCCUUCAACUCUACGAGAAGAUUAAAGUCCCGGUUGACUGGAGCAAAGUGAACAAGCCUCCCUACCCCAAACUGGGAACCAACAUGAAAAAGUUGGAGAAUUGUAACUACGCAGUGGACCUGGGCAAAGCAACCAAGUUCUCCCUGGUUGGGAUCGGCGGGCAGGACCUGAACGAUGGAAAUCCGACCCUGACUCUGGCUGUGGUGUGGCAGCUCAUGAGGCGAUACACGUUGAAUGUUCUGGAGGAUCUGGGUGACGGAGCGAAGGCAAACGACGACAUCAUUGUGAARUGGGUGAACCAAACCUUGGUGGAGGCUGGAAAAUCCACCAAGAUUCAGAGUUUUAAGGAUAAGGAGAUCAGCAGCAGCCUGGCGGUACUGGAACUGAUCGACGCCAUCCAGCCCGGCAGCGUCAACUUUGAGCUGGUGAAAACCGGCAGCCUCUCUGAAGACGACAAACUGGACAACGCCAAAUACGCCAUCUCUAUGGCGAGAAAGAUCGGCGCCCGUGUCUAUGCCCUCCCGGAGGAUCUUGUGGAGGUCAAACCCAAGAUGGUGAUGACGGUCUUUGCCUGCUUGAUGGGUCGGGGGAUGAAGCGCGUCUAAACAGGCCAGCUGAGAGAACGGUGACCCUAAACAGUUAGCCUUUUGAAAGAGCUCCCCACAAAACUACAGAAAUGAAGUUAAAGUCUUAAACGAGUCAUAAUCCGCAUCUGCAUGUAGCCCCGCCUCUUUCGCCUUACAGAAGUUAUUUCUGAAGAACCAUGUAUUCUCUCAUUGGAGGUGAGGCUGCGUUACUAUCAUCUCUAGAGAUGGCUCUCGUCAAGCCGUUACUCUCAAGAUGCACUACUCCUCGUGUGAAACGAUGUUUUUUUUUUUUUUCCGGACUGAGUACACAUAAUUCACAGCUUCAAGUUCGUUUACAUAUUUUCACCCAGACUGAUAAAUUAUGACCUUGUUGAAGCGCCAGACAUUCUUGAAUUCUUCACUUAAUCCUGAAUAUAUGCAUCAGAAGGCCAAACACAAAGUCAUUCAGGGGAGCUGGAUGUUUUAAGGAGCACACGUAAAAAUAAAAAAUUAUGUUGUCUUAUUUACUGAAGUGCGAGCACAUCUCARUAAGUGGCUCCGUGAACGUCUCUGUAUCCUGAAGCCAUAAUGAGGUCAGUUUCCGAUGAUGUGCUGUUCGUAUUCUCGUUGUGUUUCUUGGGAUUAUUAUGCAAUAUUCUGUAAAUGCUGUCUGAGGGUUUCCGGUCUGUGUUGUGUUGGGAUAAUUAUUAUUAUUUUUGUUUGUGUCUGUACAUUGGAUGAGGAGCAGGCUGACUCUUUAGGCUGUGGUCUCAAAGACGACUUGCGCUUUAAGAUUAUUUUCCUUUUUUUUUUUUUUUUGCCUUCUGUCAUAUUACCGAAAACAAACCGUAACUUCAUGAUAAUCUUUGACUUUGACCAAAUUGAGUUUGGUCUCUCGUUCAUGUCUACUCUUACAAGUAAGUGCUUUACAUGUAACAAUAAAAUACGAAUUUGAAAACGG